AUGUCAGACUUCCAGAAUACCACAUCUACGUCCAUCAUUUUUCUGCUAACUGGUGUUCCUGGGCUGGAAGUAUUCCACACCUGGAUCUCCAUUCCCUUCUGCUUUCUCUACAUAACCGCCCUCUCAGGAAACAGCCUGAUUCUCUUUGCCAUUGUCACUCAGCCCAGCCUCCACGAACCCAUGUAUUAUUUCCUCUCCAUGCUGUCCACCACUGACCUCGGCCUGUCCGUAUCCACCCUGGUCACCAUGUUGGGUAUAUUCUGGUUUGACGCCAGGGAGAUCAGCUUUAAUGCCUGCUUGUCGCAGAUGUUCUUUAUUAAACUCUUCACUGUCAUGGAAUCUUCAGUGUUGCUGGCCAUGGCCUUUGAUCGUUUUGUGGCCAUCUCUAAUCCACUCAGGUAUUCCACCAUUUUAACUGAUUCCAGAAUAGCUCAAAUUGGAGUGGCAAUUGUCAUCAGGGGGACACUAAUGCUGACACCGAUGGUGGCACUUCUUAAACGACUGUCCUUCUGCCGCAGCCUCGUGCUCCACCACUCCUACUGCUUCCACCCUGACGUGAUGAAGCUCUCGUGCACAGACACCAGGAUCAACAAUGCAGUUGGGUUGACUGCCAUGAUCUCUACUGUUGGUGUGGACUCAAUGCUCAUCCUCCUUUCUUAUAUUUUGAUUAUUAAGACUGUCCUCAGCAUCGCAUCCCCAGAAGAGAGGAAGAAAGCCUUCAGCACAUGUAUCUCCCAU